AUGGUUUUAUGCGCUGUUAAGCUUCUGGGGUUGAGAGAAAGAUGGGAAGAGGACCAGCCUGAAAACCAGGUUGAUCCAAACAGCCAUCUGGUUGUAGGAUUCAUCCAAGGCCUUCAAUGGAUGAGUGGCAGUUCUAGUUUUUUCUGUUCACAAGAACCUGAUAUAAUUAGCUGUUGUCCUUCUGUUUAUGUGGACCAUGCUUAUCCGACUCGUGGCUCAUCUCUAUUUGAUAGCUUGCCAUCACGCUUUCUCAUCUGGAAAAAACACAGUUCGGUUGCCAUAGCCACAGGCAUCGAGAACUAUGACCUAGACAAUAGUAACAUACAGAGAAUAGUACUAGAAUUUAACCAUAUCCAUGGCUCCAACUCUCACCUCAAACAACACGCCCUAGUCAAGGCUAUCCCUCAUGAACCCAAGAUUCACAGUGUUGCCAAAAGCUCCGGUCCUUUUCAGCUUGGAAAAGCUAAAGGCAAUCCCGAAGAAGGCCAAACUGUAGAUUCAGGCAAUUCUAGUCCUUUCCGUUUCAAUUUCGGCAAGGUACCUGACAUGAAAACUUUAGUGCCAGUUGUGAUUAAACCUUCUACAGGCUUAUUGUUUGGGAACCCAAGGAGGAAAGAUCCAAGCACUGCCUUUGUUGCUGGUGCAACGGGGCAGGCUGGCAUCCGCAAUGCACAGACAUUAUUGCGCCAGGGUUUCACUGUUCGGGCUGGUGUGCCAGAACUUGCUGCUGCACGAGAGCUGGCUCUUCUUGCUGCCAAAUACAAGAUCAUAUCCAAUGAAGAAUCAAAACGACUCAAUGCUGUAGAAUCCACCUUCCAAGAUGCAGAAUCAAUAGCCAAAGCAAUUGGCAAUGCCAGCAAAGUUGUUGUCACUAUUGGCCCUGGUGAAAGUGGUCCCAGUUCCGCGGUCUCCACAUCAGACGACUUACAAGUGAUCCAAGCUGCUCAACUUGCGGGCAUAGGCCAUGUGGCAAUAGUUUAUGAUGGUAACGCAGCGGGUGCUUCUACUUAUAACGUGCUUGAUGGCAUCACGUCAUUCUUCGGCAACCUCUUGUCUCAAUCUCAACCGUUGUCUCUGCCCGAAUUCUUACAAAAAAUAAUCCAAACUGAUGUUAGCUAUACGUUCUUAAAGACAACCCUGAUAGAAGAUUAUUCUGCAGAGAGCUCUUUCAAUAUUAUCGUGUCAGCUAAAGGAAGCAUUGUUGCAAACGACUACAAAGUAAUGUAAUAUAAUGUAAUGUUGUGAAAUCUCAGAUAGCCUCUCUGGUGGCAGAUGUUUUCUCCAACACAACUGUUGCAUAAGAUAAGGUACAAUUAAUUUGAAGGGUUCAUUAUUGGGUGGUAACUCAGCUAUAUAUAUAGGUUCAUUUAGCUGGUAAAGUGAUCAGCUGAAGAUGAGAUAUAAAUCCAAGUGUGACCAUGCAUGGUUUUGAUUCCAUGUAAAAGUGAUUUAUUUGUAAACGCUUGUAUCAUGCAUAAUGCAAGUAUUCAAAGUCUACUUAAAGAUGGAUAGUAGUUUAUUUUAUUUCAAUGAUCAUUUCUCGGUUACCCACAUAUCUUAGCAGUUGAUAAAUGAGACAGGUUGUGGAAGUUUUUGCAAGCCCAUCAGCUCCAUUGAAGGGUGUAGAUGAGCAUUCAGGUAAAUUGCUUGGGUAACAGUGUAUCAAUUAUAUAGUCAUAAAAGAUUUUAGAUUUCUUGGGAAAGAAAUAUGUCCUGAUUUUUGCUUUUGUUACUUGCUUGGGAAAGAAAUUCGUGGGUUGAUCUCACAAAAAUUAUGAAUAUACGUAUACAUACACAUAUACAUAUAUAUAUAUAUAUAG